AUGGCUGGCGCACUGGCAGGUCUGGCCGCGGGCUUGCAGGGCCAGCGGGUCGUCCCCUGCCCGGACUCGGACUCCGACACAGACUCGGAGGACCCGAGUAUCCGGCGCAGCGCGAGCGGGCUGCCCCGCUCGCAGGUCAUCCACAGCGGUCACUUCAUGGUGUCGUCGCCGCACAGCGACUCGCUGACCCGGCGGCGCGACCAGGAGGGGCCCGUAGGGCUCGCCGACUUCGGGCCGCGCAGCAUCGACCCCACACUCACCCGCCUCUUCGAGUGCAUGAGCCUGGCCUACAGUGGCAAGCUGGUCUCCCCCAAGUGGAAGAAUUUCAAAGGCCUGAAGCUGCUCUGCCGCGACAAGAUCCGUCUCAACAACGCCAUCUGGAGGGCCUGGUAUAUCCAGUAUGUGGAGCGGAGGAAGAGCCCCGUGUGUGGCUUCGUGACCCCCCUGCAGGGGCCUGAGGCUGACGAGCACCGGAAACCGAAGGCCGUGGUCCUGGAGGGGAAUUACUGGAAGCGGCGCAUCGAGGUGGUGAUGCGCGAGUACCACAAGUGGCGCAUCUACUACAAGAAGCGGCUCCGUAAGUCCAGCAGAGAAGGGGAUCUCCUGGCCCCAAAGCAGGCGGAAGGUGGGUGGCAGUCACCGGAGCGAUGGUGCGAGCAGCUCUUCUCCAGCGUGGUGCCCGUGCUACUGGGGGGCCCAGAGGAGGAGCCCGGCGGGCGGCAGCUUCUGGACCUCGAUUGCUUUUUGUCCGACAUCUCCGACACACUCUUCACCAUGACUCAGCCCAGCCCCAAGCCCCUGCAGCUGCCCCCCGAGGACGCCUACGUUGGCAAUGCUGAUAUGAUCCAGCCGGACCUGACACCUCUACAGCCCAGCCUGGAUGACUUCAUGGAGAUCUCAGAUUUCUUCACCAGCUACCGCCCCCCACAGACGCCCAUGCCUUCGAACUUCCCAGAGGCCCCCAGCUUCAGCCCCGUGGCCACCUCCUCCUUCAGCAGUGGUAUCCUGGGCUCAGAGGUGCCCCCUGCCUCCUCGGGCAUGACCCACCUCUCGGGGCAUAACCUGCUGCAGGCUCGGAGCAGCUGCCCUGGCCCCCUGGAUUCCGGUGCCUUCCUGAGCUCUGAUUUCCUCCUUCCUGAAGACCCCAAGCCCAAGCUCCCACCGCCUCCCACACCCCCACGGCUCCUCCAAUACCCUGUCCCUGCCAAGGGGCCUGGCCUGGAGCCCCGUCCCCCACCCCACUUCCCUCCCAUGGCUCCGCCCCCUGCUGUGCUGCAGGAAGAGUCUCUCUUCUCUCCCAGAUUCUCAUUCCCUACUGUCCCUCCUGCCCCGGGAGUGUCCCCACUACCUGCUCCCACUGCCUUCCCACCCACCCCACAGCCUGGCCCAGGCCCUGCCCCCUCCUCCUUCCCCCUUCUCCCUUCCGGGUAUCCGGAGCCCCCAUUUGGGCCUCACUUCACAGUGUCCCACAGCCUGCGGCCCAGAGGCAAGCCCCCCACCCCAUCCCCUAGGGGGCAGAGGCCCAGCCCCCGCACCUUGGCCCCUGCUGCUGCCAGCCCCGCUGCCACUGCUGGGGGCAACAACCCCUGCCUCACCCAGCUGCUCACAGCAGCCAAGCCUGAGCAAGCCCUGGAACCACCACUUGUGUCUGGCACGCUCCUCCGGCCCCCAGGGUCCCCGGUAAGGUGGCAGGCACUGGGAGGUGGGGGUGAGCCCCGGGGCUUCACUCCAACUCUCCGUCCUUCUCCACUCCAGCAGGAGACGGUCCCUGAGUUCCCCUGCACCUUCUUUCCCCCAACCCCGGCCCCCACACCGCCCCGGCCACCUCCCGGCCCAGCCACACUGGCCCCUCCCAGGGCCCUGAUUGUCCCCAAAGUGGAGCGGCUCUCACCCCCAGCACCCAGCGGAGGUGAGCGUCGGCUGUCUGGGGAACUCAGCUCCAUGCCAGACCCGGGGACCCUGGGCGUCCGCGUCUCUCCCCCUCAGCCCAUCCUAAGCCGGGGCCGUCCAGACAGCACCAAGACUGAGAACCGACGCAUCACACACAUCUCUGCGGAGCAGAAGCGGCGCUUCAAUAUCAAGCUGGGCUUUGACACCCUGCAUGGGUUGGUGAGCACACUCAGCGCCCAGCCCAGCCUCAAGGUGAGCCCCCAGCCCAGAGUGGCACCACCAGAACCAAGACCAAAGCCCCAGGGCCCUCCAGACACCCUGUUGCCUCCUCCCGCCUCAGUGCCUCAGCGGGUCCUGGGGUGGGGGCGCCUCCAGCUCCUCAGCCCCCUGGUGAUGCCGCAGAUGAGCAAAGCCACCACGCUGCAGAAGACGGCUGAGUACAUCGCCAUGCUGCAGCAGGAGCGGGCGGCCAUGCAGGAGGAGGCCCAGCAGCUGCGGGACCAGAUCGAGGAGCUCAAUGCUGCCAUUAACCUGUGCCAGCAGCAGCUGCCUGCUACCGGGGUGCCCAUCACACACCAGCGUUUCGACCAGAUGCGAGAUAUGUUUGACGACUACGUCCGGACCCGCACCCUGCACAACUGGAAGUUCUGGGUGUUCAGCAUCCUCAUCCGGCCUCUGUUUGAGUCCUUCAAUGGGAUGGUGUCCACGGCAAGCUUGCAGAGCCUCCGCCAGACCUCGCUGGCCUGGCUGGACCAGUACUGCUCCCUGCCUGCUCUCCGACCAACUGUCCUAAACUCCCUACGCCAGCUGAGCACAUCUACCAGCAUCCUGACGGACCCAGGCUGUAUACCCGAGCAAGCCGCACGGGCAGUCACAGAGGGCACCCUCGGCAACCCUUUAUAGUGCUGGCCAGACCCUGCCACUCACUCAGCCACCCUGGGGCUGCUUUCCCUGGGCAUGGGCUCCAGGGACAACUUCUGGGCACUCCCUCCUGCCCCAGGCCUUGGCUUUCCCCUUUCCCGAGGGUCAAGCAGGGCCCAAGUCUCUUCCAACCUCCUGGAAGCUGGGAAGAACUGAGUUCCAGUCCCUGCUCUGCUAGUGACUAACACUGUGACCUAAGGGACUCAUACUCCCUCUUUGGACCUCCGUUUUCCAGUCUGCAAAAUGGGGAUGGGGAAGCUUCAACCAGAAGAUGAUCUUGAGGCCUUAGCAGCUGUGACACCUGGAGGCCUAAAUUCGCAACUCUGGAAAUUGAAGGAGGGAAGCGGACAAUCCUGUUUCCCUGUCACUUCCCCCUGCUCCCCGACAGGUGGGGCACAGGCCCCUGUUUCUGAGCAGACAAGCAGAUGAGGAGGUUCCCUCUCUCUGUGCCUUCACUGGUAGCCUGGAGGGGCUGCAGGAUGGUGUCCGUGGGUGAGGCCAGGGAGGUCUGAGCCCAGGAGAGACCCAGGCAGGGGGUGGCCAAACCAGGGCAGGCAUCUUGUGUGUGUGGGUAUGUGUGUGUGGAUUUUGUAAAGAAUUUUUAACCAAUAAAAACAAAAACUG